AUGGAUGAUUGCAAAGAAGAAAGCUGCAUAGCAGCGGAAGCAGCAACGGCGGCAACAGCAUCCCCCAGCACUACCAUAAAUGACUUAAACGACGACUGCUUGGAAUGCAUUUUUGAAUGGAUACAGGAUCUACCAAGUCAAAUACAAAUUGCCAAAUGUUGUAGACGUUUUCGUAAUGUUAUGCUGAAUUUAUGGCGAAGGCAACCUCAGCAUCGAACAUUGGCCUACAACAUCUUGCCCACCAUUGUACAAAACUAUGACCUUUUGGCAUAUUACUUGCAUUUGAUGCAAGAUGAAUUCCGAACACUGCAAAUAAUCGAUGACUGCCUUAAUGUUUUUCUCAAGGAAAUGGAAGAAUGUGGCAUUCGAUGUCUGCACCGCGUAGAGAGAUGUGAAUUUCACGACGAUGUCACCGAAUGCUAUCCCAGUGAUGAGGAUAUUGAAUGUUUAAGCAGAUUAGUGCCUAAUUUGAAAUACCUCCAAAUAACCGUACCCAUUACAGGAAGGAAUCUAUCGAAAUUCCAAUAUUUAGAAGAGCUAUAUUUGUACGAUGAACAGACAAAACCAAAGGAAAUUGAGGAUGAUGCUCUCAGGGAUAUACUUAAGAAUUUAAAACAUUUGCGGGUUUUGGAUAUACGGAAUUUUGAAACGAGUCGUUUGCGUCUAAUGCCUGACAUAGUGGAAUGCAGUUGUUUACAAGUAUUGAAAUUGAAUUUAAAUACCCUGAAAGAUGUACUAGAAUAUGUAUUGAAACUGCCACAAUUGAAACAACUAAAAGUCCUGCUCGAUCAAGAUAUUGAUGUGUCGCUAAUUGGCAAUGUUGACACCUAUGAUUAUAAGAUCUAUGAAACUCAAGAAUACUAUCACAUUUUAAAAGAAAAAGGUCCCAGCAUUGAAGGUUUAGCUGUGGAUUUUCAUUUUCUACCGGUGAGUUCAACAUGGAAUGUGGAUUUUCUUUGCUUGAAUCCGGAGAAAUUGCGUAUAUUGGCUCUAUGCAAUUACAACUUUAAUGCAACAAAAUAUGAAAAUUGUAAUUUUGCCCAUUUGGAAAUUUUGUGUCUUCGACAUUCAGAGAAUUUGGAAGCAGUUGCCAUUUUGGAUAUGUUACAUUUGUGUCCUGUAUUAAAACAUCUUGAUAUCAGCUAUUGUCUGAAUUUGGAUAAGUCACUAUUAAAUGCCUUGACACGGUAUUUGGAAAGUGAAAAGAGAUCACAUAAAUUGUGUGUAUAUUAUAGAAUGUCCGGCUUAGAGGCGGAAAUUGAAAAGAAUCUCUCGUUUUGGUCUACACAAAAGUAUAUAAAAUUACUAAACGACUUUCCUCCAGAUUCCGAUAUGGGAUUAAGUUAUGUCCAAAGAGGCUAUGCCUUUUAUUUUUAA